AUGGCCUCGCAGCAGGUCCCCGAGGAGGCCGUGGCCAUCCAGAAUGUCCUCUCCCAGGCACAGUCGGCAUCUGACUUCAACCAGACUGCCGACCAGAUCUUCGCCUCGUCCCUGGGCAUCGUGCACACGCGCACACUGCUGAACUCGCUCAUCACAACCCUCCGCCAGCGUCGGGACUUGGACCUCUGGAUUCAAGUCGGCAACCACCUGCUCGAGGCCCUGACUGCCUCACCCACCUCGUCGUCCUCCUUUAUCGAGCAAGCCGCGACCCUCCGUGAACUGAUCGCCGAGGCCCAUGAGGAGAGAGAAGACUUUCGUGAUGCUGCCCUGGUGUUGGCCGAGAUCCCGCUCGAGACGUCCCAGCGCCGUGUCAGCGACGAGGACAAGGCCCGCGUGUGGGUUCGCAUCAUGCGCAACCAUCUUGAGGUCGACGACCCCACCGCCGCGGAGGCCUACCUCAACAAGCUCAAGAACGUCAUCUUCGCCAUCGCCGACCCGACCCUGCAGCUGCACUUCAAACUCAGCCAGGCACGCAUCAACGACGCCAAGCGCCAGUUCCUUGCUGCCAGCCAGGCCUACCACGACAUCUCCUUCAGCAGCGCCAUCGCAGACGACGAGCGCCUGCACACCCUUGGCAUGGCUAUCAAGUGUGCCAUCCUCGCCCCUGCCGGGCCGCAGCGGUCACGUGCUCUGGGCCGCCUGUACAAGGAUGAGAGGGCAUCUUCCCUUGAUGAGUUCGCCAUCCUCGAGAAGAUGUUCCUCGAUCGCCUUGUCGCCCCCGCCGAGGUUGACGCAUUUGCCAAGGGCCUACAGCCCCACCAGCUGGCCACCACCGCCGACGGGAGCACCGUGCUGGCCCGCGCCAUGGUCGAGCACAACCUGCUGGCCGCCUCGCGCCUCUAUGUCAACAUUGACCUCGACGCCCUCGGCGUCCUGCUGGGGCUCGACGGCGAGAGGGCAGAGGGCACAACCGCCCGCAUGAUCGAGCAGGGCCGCCUGGACGGCCACAUUGACCAAAUCGACCGCUGCGUGUGGUUUGACAACUCCCGCACUAUCGCCCAGUGGGAUAGCCAUGUGCUCGGCGUCGCCGAGGAUGUCGAAAGCGUCGUCGGUCACCUGCAGAAGGAGAUCCCCGGCUUCGUUUCCCAGAACCUGGCAGUAUAG